AUGAGACCUUGCUGCACAGACCGAAAUCUUUCUGUCACCUUAACGGAAAUAGACCCCACAUAUACGCCCCGGAACAUAGAGUUGUGGCUCCAGAGUCUAAACUUGGAUGUUCCUUUUGAACACUUUAAAGCCUUGAAAGAUAAGCGAUAUGAUUCUUGUAAUUUUUUUAAGAAAUACGGUAAUAAGAAGCUCAAUGAAAGAAAGAAUGCGAGAGUUAUAAUGGCUUCUGUUGAUUGGAACAGAAAACCAAUAUCUUAUGAUAUUGGUUUUAACCCACCUGUAUCAAGACCACUACUUGUAUCAAGCCCACCACUUGUAUCAAGCCCACCACCUGUAUCAAAUACGGAAGUAUACGUAAUACAGGCUGAAAUCGAUGACUUGUACGGUCAAAUCUUUGAGCAUAAGGCGGCCAUAAACCUCUUGAAGGCGGAAAUUUGUGCCAAAGAAAGCAGGAUAAAACGACGAAAAAGUACCUCGUGA